CAUCACCACAACUGGCUCCCCCGUAAUCAACCCCCAAACACCCGCAGUCCCAGCCUGCCCUACGUGUCGCAAAGCAAUGGCCGAUCCAGACGCUUUGCCCACAGAAUAUGAUGUUUGGACCUAUGUGCAAUCCGUGCUGCGCUGAUCGAGGAGGCAUGUCGACGGUUCCUGGAACCCUCUUUCCCCCCUCAUGCCCAUCCAGCCGCAGUUGGAGGGACCUGCUUUUACUUAGCCGGUUUGUUGACCUGGUAUUUCCACACACUCUCCCUCUCCGUCUCCUGCCAUCUUAUGUCCAUUGAGCUUGCUCUGCUUUCCUAGUUGUUGUUUCGUGUUGGGAGGUGUUCGUCGUUCUGUUGGCGGUUGAUUCACUCGCUCCCUCUCCAUCCUCCCUUCAGUCUGUCUUUUUCUUUUUUUGUUCGUGUCGCUGCCCACUCCUGCGUGUUGAUCACUGCGACAAAGUGCGUCUGUUGAGCUGGGACUAGCGAUCUGGGGAAGUACGAACAGAGUCGGACAGGAUUCCGCUCACCAUCCACUCGUUAUCCUGGCCUGGUUGCCAGUCGACCGACCUUUCCGCGAAGCACUGGACGAGUCGACCUCGUACAACCAAACGACGCGCAGGCCGAUUUGCUGACAGGCUGGAUCCUUAUGAGAUAAACACGCUACUUGACAAAAGCGGACGCGGUUGUGGCCUCGCAACACUACACUUAUAUCUCGACAAGUCCAAGCUCCUCAACCAAGCUCUCGAAAUUAUCCACCGAGGCCUUCGUCAAGCUCCGUGCUCAGUCCCUCCGGCCCAUCACCUAACAUAAUCACAAUGUCUGCUCCUGAUAACUCAAACCGCCGAGAACCCCGCCGUGGUUCUCGCCGGCCAACACACAUCACGACACUCCGCCAGGGCAUCCAUCAACUCUUCAAUGGUCAAUCCGAGGUCGGGGCCACACGAGCGCCUCGUCCGCGCCCUCGCCCGCGAGUGCCCGAAAGCCCCAAAACCCCCCGUCUAAUGCUCGACACCUUCUCCCCGUCCCAAUUUGAUCUCCCCCAUAUUCGCAGCAAUUCGACAACAUCCCCAUCGAGGUCGCCCACAUACGUCUCCCCCACAAUAGCGUCUAUCUCGUCUUCGCCCGUCGAGCAUUCACCCGCCAACUACCGCCCCUUAACUCCGGACACCUUCCACGCACUCCAGCCGAGCACAUCUAUACAGCCACCCCCGCCAACGAGACAGAAUACCGCAGAGCGGAUGCGCCAAUUCAGCGGCGCGGAUCGAGAGGAGCUAGUCCUUGUAGAAGCAAUUUCACGGCGCGACCCCCGUCAGAAGAAGAAGAAGACCAGGAGGCAGAGGAAGCCAAGAGCUCCCACACAAUAUAGAGCGUCGUGUUUUUCAGGGAUCACGAGCCCUAUUCUGCGCCGGAAGGCGACGCACUGUACAAUAUCGGGCAUGUUCCUCAUAACCAUACUCUCACUCUACCUCGGCCUCGCGCUAUCAACCCAUUACAUCUCGCAAGAAUUCCACGUCCUCCUCAUCCUCAUCAUCCUCGGCCUCACAAUAUUCUUCAUCCACUCCUUUGUCCUCCUCGUCCUCCUCCUUUUGAAGCCCCGCCCCACAGACGGCUUCAUUCCCGAUAUGGAAAGCAUGCACUUCUCACCCCUCGGCUACGCUACCCCCGCCGUGCCCAUCCGCGUCACCCUCGGCCGCGACGAGGAGGCGCUCAUCGAUUCCCGCACCACCCCUAGCGACGCCAACGCCAGCGCCAACGCGAAAGCCGUAGCGCCUCCGCCGCCGGCAUACGGGUUGUGGAGAGAGAGCGUGCGUGUGGACCCCGAUCGCCUAUUCUGGGCGCGCAAUGCGGCGGCGCCAAGGCGGGAGAGCCAUGAGCAAAUACCGGAGGAUGGGGAGGCGCCGAGGAGGCCGCCGAGUUAUAUGAGUGAUGAUGGGGUGGAAUAUGUGGUUGAGGCGGCGGGGAGGAGUAUCGCGCCUACGACGGAUGUGCCGCUUCCUGUGCAUCCGAGUGAGAGAGGGAGGGUGGGGGCGCCGUUUGGGGGAGGGGCGGUGGUGAGGAUGUGUGCGUAGAGCGGACGAGGGUACAGGGAGGGCGUAAUGGCACAUUCAUGAAUUGACUUGUGGAAAAUGGUAAUGGAGUUAUUGAAAGAUGGGAGAUGCGAUGGGGGUGGUGGGACUGUAACAAAAUGUAUUCUUGUUAGAGUACUGAUAUUCAAUAAUGCCGAGUUGAUGGUUGUGCCCCGUAGUAGUCAAACAUACGCUCGAUCG